UAAAAAUAAUACUAAUAUACUAUUAAGUUACUUUUUUUUAUGCUCAACGUUGUUGUUGUUAAUUGUUAACAGUGCAGUCGGGAAUUUUGUAUGAGUCAGACGGAAGCUUGCAAUAACAAAAUUGUGUGGAAACGAGUGAGUUUAAAAAUAAACAAUACUGACUUGGUAUCAAUUAAAUAAAAUAGUAAAUAUUAACAAUUAAAUUACUAAAAUGACCAGUUUUACAAGUCUGAAAGGUUGGUUUCGUAAGAAAGAGCCAAUAUCAGAAAUAGGAAAUCCAACAAAUUUUCAACGACAUUUUCAUGUUUCGAGAAACAAAGAAACCGGCGAUUUGGAAGGUCUGCCAACGCCAUGGCUUCGUUUAAUGAACGCACAAAUUACGCGUGAUGAACAGGACAAAAAUCCUGACGCAGCCUAUCAAGCUGUAAAGUAUUACAAUUAUUCCAUAAAAAAGAAGGAUAAUGAUAUUUUUAAGCCGCUUAUAACCGAGGAGGCCAUACACGAGGAAUCGAAAGAAAUUGAUAAUUAUGUAAAUUAUAAAAAUAAACACAAAUCCCAAGAUUUAGAUAAAUCAGAUGAUGAAUUAUAUAGCGGUGGCAGUUCUACUGCAGAGAGUGGUAGCUCUAGUGGGAAUAGCAAUAGCAGCAGUUUAAACGAUAAUCACAAUUUCCGAAUUACAGGACUGAAUGAAGUGAUUAAAGAGUUAGAAUCAAAUUUAGAACAACGUGAGACGCUUAAGGCUGACACAUUUAACAUUGGUGGUGAAGUACCACCGCCAUUGCCUGCCAAAAAACCACAUACAUUGCCACCAAAACCAGUAAUAAAACCAAAACCAAGAGGAGUACCCAAAAGUCAAUUAUCACGUGGUGUUUCAGAUUUAACUACUAUUCCUCACGACGAUGAGCCGCAUAAAAUCAAUACGGAUACAAUAAUAAUUAAACCGGCUGUCAAUACAGAUUUGGAUGCUGAUGGCGAUGAGACCAUUUUGCGUCGUUCGAAAGAUAAACGUGCACAAAAGACAGAUGCAGAGAUUUAUGAUGAACUUAGAGCUAUAUGCAAUACAGAUGAUCCGCGUGAACGUUAUAAGACAACGCUUGAAGUUGGUAAAGGUGCGUCUGGUAUUGUGUUUAUUGCUGCCGAUAUGCAGUCCGAAGCGCAAGUAGCAGUUAAAACUAUAGACCUUAAAAAUCAAUCUUCCAAAGAUCUUAUACUUACUGAAAUACGUGUGCUUAAAGACUUUAAUCACAAAAAUUUGGUUAACUUCCUUGACGCAUAUCUCUUAGAACCGGAAGAUCAGCUCUGGGUUAUAAUGGAAUAUAUGGAUGGUGGUCCACUGACAGAUGUGGUAACUGAAACAGUUAUGAAAGAGAGACAAAUUGCAUGUGUCUGUCGUGAAGUAUUGUACGCAAUUAGCUUUUUACAUUCAAAAGGCAUUAUACAUCGUGAUAUAAAAUCAGAUAAUGUGCUUCUGGGUAUGGAUGGUUCGGUAAAAGUAACUGAUUUUGGUUUCUGUGCUAAUAUUGAAGGUGAUGAAAAACGACAGACUAUGGUUGGUACACCAUACUGGAUGGCCCCUGAAGUAGUAACACGUAAGAAGUAUGGUAAGAAGGUUGAUAUAUGGUCCAUUGGCAUAAUGGCAAUAGAAAUGAUCGAAGGUCAGCCUCCAUAUCUAUAUGAAACACCGCUAAGAGCGUUAUAUCUAAUCGCAGCUAAUGGUCGCCCAGAUAUUAAAAGUUGGGAUAAAUUAAGUACCAGUUUGCAAGACUUCCUUGAUUGUUGUUUACAAGUUGAAGUGGAUAAACGUGCAACUGCUGAUGAACUAUUGCGGCAUCCGUUCCUCGACGAUUGUAGCGAAUUAAAAGCAUUAGUACCAAAUAUUAAGGCUGCAAAGAAAGUAUUGCGACGUAUGGUGUAGGCAAGGAUAUGAAUGUUUUAUGUAAAAAAUUGUAUAUUUUAUUUAAUUAACGGCGAAGUAGAACAAAAAUGUUAAAACUGCUGAUUAGGCUUAGUAUUUGCAAUAUUUUAAAUUAAAAAACAUUCGUUACAAUCGACUUAACAAACGAAAUGUGGUGCUGAUGGGGAUAUAGAAGAGCUCAAACUUGUAUACAAUGAAUAUAAUUAAAUCAGCAAAUCAAAAAAUCGCUGGGCGAGGUCUUUAAAUAAUUCUCUUGAUCUGUAACAAUUUUGCGCUCUUGCAUAUUAUCGACAUCGGUUCAUCAACAGCACCCUGUAUUAAUACAUAUUCAACAAAGUUAACCAACAUUUUUACACUCAACGAUUAUUUUUAUAAUAAUAGUAGUAUGUUAAGUAAAAAUAAACUAUAGUAUAAAAAUGUAUUAAGUAAAUAAAUAAUAAUACCUAAGUAACGAAAUUAUAUAUACUUGGAGAGGUGCACGACCCCUUCUAUAACUAAAUUUUUUUUAAUUGAAAAAUUUCAAAGAAAAUUUUAUAUA